AUGAUAUCUCCAGUUAAUUAUACGGUAUCUUCCUCGGACAGACAGGUUGAAAAUGUGAGUCAGAAAUCUGGAUUUAUACCCUACCAGAAUCAACUUCAGUAUACAAUAGACUCUACAAGUUCUUACCAACCUACAUUUCCUUCUUCAUUUUAUCAACCAUGGGAGGUUUACAACUCACCACACCUGGAAACCAACUUCAUUAGACAAUCUUCUGUUACCAUCGAGUCUCCAGUAUCUAGAGAUGGUAGCAUUGAGUCUCAUUUGGAUCUUGAUUCAAGUCCAUCAUCUUCAAGAUAUUCAACAACUCCUACCACAACUCCACCUCUAAUUACCGAUAGCGACAGUGGAAAUUCUUCCGGAUUUGUAUCUGAUUCUAGUCCCCAACCUGCCACCUCGUCAUCACCUAACGUUCCUCCACCGAUCUCUACAACAGACCUUGGUAGAAAAUUAUCUGAUCCUGAGAAGACUACAAGCAAGAAGAAUUCAAGAACAAAUUACAGUCCUCAACAAGUCCGAUCAUUAGAAAAAAUAUUUCUCGAUACGCCAUAUCCAGAGUCUGAAGUGAUGGAACAGUUGUCUCGAGAUCUGGAUAUUCCAGAGAAAAACCUGAAGAUUUGGUUUCAAAACAAGCGUGCCAGAUGGAGGAAACGAGUCCGUGACAACAAACCAGCUUUCCCACCAAUGAAUCCUAGCUACAUUCCACCAGUUGCUACAAACAUUACACAAUAUAGUAUGAUGUCUCCUUCAGCAUUGAUGUCCCAAGUAUUACCAUCGGGAGUUGUUUCCCGACCAGUUUAUAAUAUACCGUCUUCCAUCCCAGCGACAUCCAACACUACCACAUUUCAAAGAGCCAUGCCUUUUCCAACAUACGUCAACUCGUACAUGUAUCCCCAGUUCAGAUGA